AUGGCAGGCCCUGAUGUCCCCGAUUCCUUUCCAAUCAACCUCCCAUGUGACACUACAGAAGAACCUCAAGGUCUUUUAACCUUCCUGGAGACUGCUCAGAAACGCCAAAGACUCGAAGCGGACCGUAUUCGUGCCCUCUACCCUCAGGCGGACUCGCGACGGACUUCGGCACCGGCAUGUUUGUUUGACCCUAGCCAGGUAAUUAACUGUAAUUGAUCUUAUCGGGAGAUCUGCCUAGUUCCGCGGGGUGUUCGGAAGGCGAUAGCCAUCAGACGGCGAUCACACUUCCCGGCUAUCGCGCAGCCGGCACCGGGGAUCUCGAGGAUGCCCAUCACUUCUUCUCCCACUAGUUUUUACCCAUUAAUUUGACCUAAAUUUUUAUGAAAAUGCAAAUUUUCCGCUGCCUGAAAUCAAGUGGGCGGGUGGAGAAGGUGGGGGCAUGGAUCGCCGUGCGUGGAAUAGACCGCGGCGCCCGGUGUUAAGCGGGGAUACGGAUUGCCUCCGGCUGAUUGUUUGUUGUUUACUCAUCGGCAUUCAUUUCGAGAUAAAAUUAUUCGGAAGGCCGGUAAACAAUACGACGCGAUCUUCCGUUCAUCGGAUACGGUAGACCUUGACGAAGUCGAUUUUUUCAAUAAAAGCUUCAUUUUCAGAAUAGCGCCUUCAACGCCCAGCUCCAGAAAUUGGCCGAGAGUAUGGGAACAAAAACGGAAUCCAAUUCGUCAAGUCCGGAUUCUGGAUUGGGACACGAUGGCCAUGAAUAUAACGAGAAAUCUUCGCCUGAUCAAACUCUCUUAUUGCUCCAUUUGCUAGGACAGCACGUUCAAUUUGGUGUCUUCCCCUCAACAUCCACGACAGUUCCACCGAAUAUGAUGAAUGAGGUUCAUGACAACGUCUUGCGGAAUCAGUGUAAGUGACAACGUUCGUCCCGGGCUACUAACAGUCUAGUUUGCACCUUCUCUAUCCGGCUAGUCUGUUCCUCGUUUCGACUUCAAAUGUGCCGUUUUUAAUUCGAUCGGUGGAAAAAAGAAAACAGCAUCGGAACGUCUUUGGAAUGACCACAAACCAAUGGGUUUUUAAUAAUUUGCACCCUCGAGUCGUUCGUUUUGUUUGGAUUGCCGGGGGGCAGAAGGAGUCCGGAUCUCGAAUCCCAAUAACCGGCUCAUGUAGAUUUUCAGAAGAUGAGCAACUUCUUCUCUUCUGCCGGACUCACAUUCCCCUGCCUGUUUCUGCACCGGAAAGUUUUUUAUUUGUCAACGUUUCUCACUUUCACUUUUACAUUUCUGAGUGAAGAUUGAGGAUGAGCUUGAUUCAGCAACCUUGGCUUGAGGUGGCGCACAAGUCCUACGGUAAUCUACUCUAUUCUUACCACAAUAUUUUAUCACUCUGCAUGUCUUAUCUUCCACAUUACCGUAUCAAAGAAAUUUAUGCCUUUUUCAGAUUCUGAAAAUGCCAGAUUAACCAACUGGAUGAACCUGCUCUAUCCCCACUUCCAACCUCCUCCUCAGCCGUUGAAGCCAGUGCAAGAUGAACUCAAUGAUAUUUUAACGAUCUUCAAGACAAAUGCUCAACUUUUCAACAAUAUUAAAGCAGAUGAAAGCAAUACAGACUGCGCCCAGUUCUACGAAUUGUUACAAAAUCAACUUAGGCAUCGACAGAACCUUAUCCUUCAAGCACAGUUAAGAAGUCAUCCAUAUCUGAAUCAACUAGGCCACUGUGGAAAUAAUCUCCAGAGCACAACAAAAACACCGGAAAAAUCAGGUGCCCCACAAUAUACGCCAUAUGAUGGGGGAAGACGUUACAGUGAGCCGGCCAUUUUAUCGGCAACAACAAUAAACGCUCGGAGGAAAAGCAGAGAGAGUAAGUACCUCAUUGACUUUUAAUUUCAUCGCUAUGAUUACUUUUAAAUAAUUUGUUUUAGUUACUGGUCAAUCUUCAUAUCUUUGGGAAUUCCUGUUAAAAUUACUGCAAGAUAAGGAUUACUGCCCGAAAUACAUUAAGUGGCUCGAUCACAAGAAAGGAAUAUUCAAAUUAGUCGAUUCGAAGGCCGUUAGUCGACUAUGGGGAAUGCAUAAAAAUAAGCCUGGAAUGAAUUACGAAACCAUGGGAAGGGCACUACGGUAAGGAUUAUUUUAUUGCUACUUAUUAUGUAGAUAACAAUAAGGUUAAUUUUUAUUUUACAGUUACUAUUAUCAACGAGGAAUCCUGCAAAAGGUGGAAGGCCAACGUCUAGUCUAUCAAUUCAUGGACGUUCCCAGAGAAUUGUUUGAUCCCAAGGACACAAGUUACGAUGAGAACACCGAACUCAUCGAAACUACAGUGACCCAGCAGUUCCACAACACAUCUAUUAAGGCUGAUGUCAAUUAG